ACAUCGAGUAAAGGCUCACGCAGAGGAGAAAAAGCGGAAGCGCACUUGAAAUUGUCCUGUUAUCCGUUCCUUCUCUCACAGUGGAAUGGAGUCUCUGGCUCCACUUCGCGCCCUCACCUUUUCUUUUCCUUCUCAAAAUGCCCUCCAAGCCAAAACGAUCCAGAAAAACGCUAGAAUUUCAACCUACUGCUCGCCGUUUCGAUCCCAAUCGAUCGAUUCUACAAGCGCUGCUGCGAAAUCCGAAUAUAAGCCUGGCAUCUUCGAUGAUUUCAUUCUCGCUUGGUUUCGGAGUAAAAUGGUUGAGGAGGUUGGAUGGGACUCAGAGAAGCCUGGAUAUGAUGGACUUAUGGAAGUCGUAAACCGUCUGAUGAUCAAGGGCAAAACCAAUCGGGAAACUGAGCAAGCAGCGGUUCGUGUACUAAGAUCUUUGUUUCCCCCAUUGUUGUUGGAACUUUUUCAAAUUCUCAUAGCCCCGAUUGGAAGGGGGAAAGUAGCUGCCAUGAUGGUUGCAAGGGUGACUGCACUCUCUUGUCAAUGGCUGAUGGGCCCAUGCACAGUAAAUUCAGUCGAGCUUCCAGGCGGAUCUGCUUGUAGUAGUGGGGUUUUCAUAGAAAGGUGCAAGUAUUUGGAGGAAAGCAAAUGUGUGGGUAUUUGUAUUAACACAUGCAAGCAGCCAACUCAGACUUUUUUCAAAGAUUACAUGGGAGUUCCUCUAUCGAUGGAACCAAACUUCAGUGAUUAUAGCUGUCAGUUUAAUUUUGGAGUUCAUCCCCCUCCACUUGCUGAAGAUAAAGCCCUCUCGGAACCUUGCUUGGAGAUAUGCCCUAACGCGACAAGGCGUAGAGAACUUGGCAGAAAUGAUGAGGUGAUGCAGUGCCCAAAGGUAUAGAGAUUUCUCCAUCUUUGAGAAAGGGUGUACUAAAUCACAGGUUUUUGUUGUAGAUUACACUUGCAGUUCUGUAUAGAGAAUUAUAAUUAAAAGCUUUUGUACAUCCACACACACCCGUAUAUGCUUACGCAUGGGACAUGUGAGGCUUGCAUCAGGAGAACUCACCAUUUAGAUGACCUGGUCCAGAAAACAGGCUGGUUAACUCAUCAGGUGUGUUACACACGUGUACAGAAAGCAUGAAUGAUUUAGAAGAAUUCCCAAUGGGGGAAUGUGGGGGCUUGGCAGAA